AUGGGGACAGAAGAGCUUAAAGAGGAGAUCGACGCAAUUGAGGCCAUUUUUCCAGAGUCAGUGGAACAGAUCACGUCCGAAAUAUAUAAUUUUACCGUUCCGGAUCAUGCUGAGGUGACUGUUCAAAUGAGCUUCCCAACUGAGUACCCAGAAGAACCUCCAAGCAUUAUUCAAGUUAUAACCGGGGAUAUUAGAAAAUUUCCGGACAACAGUUACAUCGAACAACGCGUGAAUAGUAUAUUAAGUAACUUGUUCAAUACCGGGGACGUUGUGAUAUUCGAGUUUUUGGGAGAAGUGGAACAGUUCAUCGAAGAUUACGAACGCCAACAUGAAGAAGAAACGAAGAAACUAUCAGAGCAGAUGGAAAAGCUACGCCUAGAGCAAGCAAAACGGAAGCAGAUGAAAUUGCAAGACAUAAAGAGAGCAUCUGAUGGGGCAGAACUGGCAAGUGUACCAUCAGUAGAUGUUACUGCCGACUGGAUUCAAUCAGAACCAAUUCAUGACCGUGGUUCCACAUUUAUUGCAUAUGCCAAAGAAGUUCAUUCUGUCGCAGAAGCCAUUGAAAACUUUGAGCUCCUUCUCACAGAUCGCAAGAUUGCAAGGGCUAGUCACAAUAUGAAUGCAUGGAGGAUCAAAGGCGAGAAGAAUAUCACGUUUCUGGAUUGUGACGAUGAUGGAGAAACUGCAGCUGGUCUGAGAAUGCUACAUCUUCUUACGGUAUGUUACAUUUUUUCAUUUACUAUGUCUCGAACUACUAACACUGCAGAUCAUGAAUGCAUGGAACGUUAUCGUCGUUGUAAGCAGAUGGUUCGGAGGAACCCAUAUUGGGCCCGACCGCUUCAAACAUAUAAACUCCACCACACGUGA